UAUAUGUUGCCCCUUGGUAAUAUUAUUAGAAAAUACGGAAUUAGCUUCCACUGUUAUGCUGAUGAUACUCAGCUAUAUAUCUCAACGAGACCAGAUGAAACUUCCCAAUUAUCUAAGCUAACAGAGUGUGUUAAAAAUGUAAAAGAUUGGAUGACACACAAUUUUCUCCAAUUAAAUUCGGAUAAGACAGAGAUAUUAAUUAUUGGACCAAAAAACACUACACAGAAUCUUGUAGAUUACAAUCUGCAACUAGACGGAUGUACUGUUACUUCCUCUACAGUCAGAAAUCUGGGUGUUAUAUUAGACAGCAAUUUGUCUUUUGAAAAUCAUAUUUCCAAUGUUACAAAAACUGCAUUCUUCCAUCUUAGAAACAUUGCCAAGCUACGAAACAUGUUAUCUGUUUCUGAUGCAGAAAAGCUAGUUCAUGCAUUCAUGACCUCUAGACUGGACUAUUGUAAUGCACUUCUAGGUGGUUGUCCUGCUUCUUCAAUAAACAAGCUACAGGUCGUCCAAAAUGCAGCAGCUAGAGUCCUUACCAGGUCAAGAAAAUAUGAUCAUAUUACCCCAAUUUUACAGUCUCUGCACUGGCUACCUAUUAAGUUCCGUAUCAGUUACAAAUUAUCAUUACUUACCUAUAAGGCCCUAAAUGGUUUAGCUCCAGCGUACCUAACUAGCCUUCUACCACGUUACAAUCCAUCACGCACCCUAAGGUCACAAAACGCUGGACUUUUGGUCGUUCCUAGGAUAGCAAAGUCCACUAAAGGAGGUAGAGCUUUCUCACAUUUGGCUCCCAAACUCUGGAAUAGCCUUCCUGAUAAUGUUCGGGGUUCAGACACACUCUCUCUGUUUAAAUCUAGAUUAAAAACACAUCUCUUUCACCAAGCAUUCGAAUAAUGUAUCUUUUUAAUUGUGAGUGUAGUUGCAUCUGUUCAAAGUUGCAUUUUUAUUCAUUAGCUUGGGUUAAACUAAUUUUACUUUGUUGGAUCAGCAGCUAUGCUAAUGAUGUCUGUAUUUUGUUUCUAUGUUUC